CUAUUUUCUGUCAUUGUUUUUUGAGCACAAGGUUGGGACGAGAACUUGGAAGUUGAAAAGAGAAAAGAAUUCGGAAUGGAGGCAGAUGAUCUUUUACAGAUCAGAUGAUGCUAACACGCUAGCAUGCUGGAUUCUAGUAAGCUGCUUAACACAGCACACCACAAAGAGAAAUAAAAAUGAACUAUUCGGAUUACGACUCGGACGGCUAUUCCUCAAAUGAAGAUGAAGAUUAUGUCCCUUCUGAUGAUAAUCUGAGCGAGGAUGACAUGAAUGAAUGUGAAAAGGAGGAUGCACUGGAAGGGGAGGAUAACGACGUGCAGCAGUCAGAGCAUGUCAAUAAGAAAAAGAAGAAAAUUAAAGCCAACAUCCCUAUGAGGAAAAGGAAAAAAGGAGGCCUGAAACUUGAAGAUGGUGAGGGUGGGUCAGCAGACCAACAGAAAGGAGAAGAUGAGCCGAAAGAAGAUCGUUUUCUAACUGGGGCAAAAGAGGGCAAUGAAGAGAAGCAGAAGAAGAAAGCAGAUGAUCUUUGGGCUAGUUUUUUGAGUGAUGUUGGCCCUCGACCCAAAGCAGCAGCUGAUGCAAGCGUGGGCUCUCAGCAGUCCACGUCCACAACUGGCACAGAUAAUCCGAGUAAACCCCCUACAGUGUCUCAGGAGCCGGAGGACAAACCAAAAGAAUCCUCCAAAAUCACAAUCACGAAGGUGUUUGAUUUUGCAGGAGAAGAAGUUCGGGUCACCAAAGAGGUGGAAGCAGACUCGCGAGAGGCCAAAGAUUUUCUGAAGAAAGAGGAGAAGGAGCUGCAGGAGAAAGAAGAGUCCUCAGAGUCACAGCCGUCCGUACCGCUCUCCUCUGGUUCCAGUGCGAAGAGGCCAGUGGGCAUGGGGAGCAUCCUGAAUCGCAUCGGGGCCAAAAAGCAGAAGAUGAGCACUUUGGAGAAGUCCAAGAUGGACUGGGAUGCCUUUAAAACAGAGGAGGGCAUUGCAGACGAGCUGGCAAUCCAUAAUCGAGGCAAAGAAGGGUAUGUGGAGAGAAAGAACUUCCUAGAGCGAGUGGACCACCGGCAGUUCGAGUUGGAGAAGAGUGUGCGCCUGAGCAACAUGAAACGGUGACAAGAGAAGAGAACAGACACAUUCACUGAUCAAAACACAGACUGUCCCGUAUUCACACACACACACACCCUGCGUACACUUUUUCUUUGUUAUAUAGAUUGAAUGGCCUGUAGCCCCCCAAAACAAAAACCGGUCUGCCUUCACAAUCGAAUGUACAGCUCUCAUAUUGUGUUUUCCUUAUUCCGCUCUUCCUUUGUCCAAUAUUGCAUGUUGACUUUUAUCAGGGCUCCUUUAAUAUGAAAGAGGAACAGCUCUAGACGUUUUUUUUUCCUCAAAAGCCUAAUUUUAUAAUUCAGUGAAGUACAUCCUAACCAUUCAGUAAGAGUGACAUUAAUGGGAAAGAAAACCUCAUUAAGAUGUACAGAUUAAACUGAAUUAUUUAGCAUAAUUCACAUCUUUGUUCUGAGUGUGAGGAUUUUUUUGUAAAUGUAAACGUCCUAUAACGAUACUCUUUACGCGCAGGCUUUUUUUUUUUUUUUUUUUUUUUUUUGAAAGUAAAAUCAAAGUGCUGUUGUUUUUGUUUGUCCCAUGCAUACUGAUGUCUUCCCACGUCUUGAGAAUUUAUUUUGCUAAGACUGUUUAUAUGGUAAUUAGUCCGCCGUCAUUUUAAUCGUGUUUCGCUGACAGAAAUAAAUCAUGUCGUUUAGUUGGGACACUUUCUUUUUAAAUCAA